AUGCCCGAUGCGGCUCAAGAAAAUGAAAAGCAACGUAUUGAAGAAGCUUCGAUAAAGCAAAUAAUUAAUCCAAAACCUUUUAAACCAGUCAAGGAAGAAAAGGCGUUAAAGCCAUUAAUAGCCACUCCAAGGCCCUUGCAGAAGAAAGUUCCACAGCCGAUUCGUUCCUCAAGCUCCUCAGGAACAACGUCUGAUGAUGAAACUUCAGACGAGGAUCAAGAUGAGGAAGAGUCAAGCUCAAGUGAAAGUUCAGCAGAAUUCUUCGAAUGCGACAACCCUGACGGUAGAACAUCAACAGGGUCAAAUGACUCCGGUUUUGAUUCCUCAGCUUCAACUUCACCUACAGGAUUCAACUGUGUUAGAAAAGACUGCGAUGUUAACUGCCAUAGAAAGUGUGAAAAGUUGACAGCGAAUUUAUGUGGAGUGAACCAGCGGCUGCUAGUAGAAGCUCUUGCAUCUCGAACUGCGUCUAGAAGAGGUGGAGAUUGCCCCAGCACUUCUACAGGGAUUGUUCCUGCGCAAACUGUAGCCUCUAAUAUCUUAGAACAGGAACUGGAACAAUCAACGGCGUACGGGCUGUUUAGGAAGACAGGUCGCUUCACGCCACCGGCGCGCUCCAUUCCUCGAUUCAGAAAAUACACGAUUGAGGAUUUCCAAUUCAUCAAGGUUCUGGGCAAAGGCAGCUUCGGUAAGGUUUUGCUCGCUGAAUUAAGGGACACGGAGUACUAUUACGCCGUGAAGUGUUUGAAGAAGGACGUCGUUCUAGAAGAUGACGACGUCGAGUGCACCUUAAUAGAGAGGAAAGUACUCGCGCUGGGAACGAACCAUCCCUACCUCUGUCAUCUUUUUGCUACGUUUCAGACUGACUCUCACUUGUUCUUCGUAAUGGAGUACCUGAAUGGCGGUGACUUGAUGUUCCACAUACAACAAAGCGGAAGGUUCCCGGAGCCACGUGCUCGGUUCUACGGGGCUGAAAUCGUGUCCGGGCUUAAGUUUUUACACAAGCGCGGCAUCAUAUACAGGGACUUGAAGCUCGACAACAUCUUGUUGGACUUUGACGGACACGUCCGCAUAGCUGACUUCGGAAUGUGCAAGCUGCAGAUUUACUUGGACAAAACCGCAGACACAUUCUGCGGCACCCCGGAUUAUAUGGCACCUGAGAUAAUAAAGGGAUUGAAAUACAACCAGACGGUGGACUGGUGGUCGUUCGGUGUCCUGUUAUACGAAAUGCUUAUCGGCCAAAGUCCGUUCAGCGGUUGCGACGAAGACGAACUGUUUUGGUCCAUUUGCAACGAGAUGCCGUCUUACCCGCGCUUCUUAUCGCAAGAGGCCCUUAGCAUACUCACUAGGUUGCUGGACAAGGAUGCGCGCACGCGGCUCGGCGGCGCCGAGUGCAUGCACGGCGACGUCCGCGACCAAGACUUCUUCCACGCGGUGGCUUGGGACCGCCUCGAGCGGCGCGAGCUCGAAGCGCCGUUCAAGCCCCGAGUGAGGCAUCCAUUAGACACGCAGUACUUCGAUAGGGCGUUCACUGGGGAGCGACCUCGUCUCACCGCAGUGGAGCCUCAAGUUCUACGCUCCAUGGACCAAGAGCCAUUCAGGGGAUUCUCCUACACAAACCCAAAUGCGACGGAUCGU